GUAACAAAGAAACUGAGAAUGAUGGAAAUGAAAGCCAGAUCCAGUUCGAACCCCGACUCAUUCGAUCUCGAUAUUGACGAAUUGGAGAUCUUGAGGUCUAGACGGAGAGGAAAUAUGGGGUUUAUUUUAUCCAUGAUCGGGUACUGUGUUAGUCUGGGUAAUAUAUGGAGGUUUCCUUAUCUCUGUAUGAGGAAUGGUGGAGGCGCUUUCCUGAUUCCAUUCUUCUUUUUCCUGAUGGUUGUUGGUCUACCAUUGUACUUUCUGGAAGUCUCUCUUGGUCAAUUUACAAGAAAAGGAUUUGUUCAUGUUUGGAAGGCAUGUCCUCUUUUCAAAGGAAUUGGUGCCGGGAUGUUCAGCAUUCUCUUUGUUAUCACCUUCUACUAUAACAUAAUCAACUCCUGGACGUUGUUUUACAUGGGUAGUUCCUUUUUCUCACCCGUCCCAUGGACCAGAUGUGACGAGGAAUGGAAUACACCAGCAUGUAUCAACGACAUACCCAAAACUACUUCUAACAGCACAAUGAAUGUGUCUGAUUCAAUUACUCAAUCUCCCUUUGGUUCCAACUAUUCCAUUAACUCAACACCUGUUGAUAUUUUAAACGGUACUAGCGUUGUUAGAACAAGUGAGGAACAAUUUUGGUUCAAUCGUGUUCUUGAUCUGUCUGAUGGUUUACAUGAUAUCAGUUCUUUGAACUGGCGCUUGCCACUCUGCUUUUUGGCUGCUUGGAUUGCGGUUUGCCUUUGUUUGAUCAAGAAACCUAAACCGUUUGCGAUGGUGGUGUUAAUAGCGGUUGCUCUGCUGUACAUUUUGCUGGCGGUGAUUCUCAUUAAAGGAUUAACAUUGCCUGGGUCAAUUGAUGGCAUCAUUUUCUAUAUUCGUCCAGACUUCAAUAAACUUGCCAAUGUCCAGGUGUGGUUGGAGGCAGGUUUACAGGUGUUUUACUCAUUAGGAUCAGGAUGGGGAUCCAUCAUUGUAAAGGCCAGCUACGGCAAAUUUAGCAACAAUUACUUCAGGGAUUCCAUCAUAUUAACAAUGAUCAGUGAAGGUACUAGUGUUUUUGGAGGAUUUGCAAUAUUCACAAUUGUGGGGUACAUGGCUCAUAUAGCAGGAAAACCUGUAGAAGAUGUAGUACAAGCAGGUCCAGGGCUGGUUUUUCUCGUGUACUCUACGGCUCUUUCAGAGCUUCCUUUCCCCAGCAUUUGGGCAGUUUUGUUCUUUUUUAUGUUGUUCACCGUUGGAUUUAAUAGCCAGUUUGCUAACAUGGAAUCAUGUAUAGAUGCUGUCAAUGACUUUUCCCCGCGUCUUCGACGUCACAAGUCCCUUCUGGCAGUAGUGUUAUGCUCUUUCUUCUUCCUGACUGGAUUGCUGCUGUGCACAAACGCUGGUCUGUACAUAUUACAGUUACUAGAUUGGUACAUUGUGGCGUUUGCUGUUCCUCUAUUUGGUGUGCUCGAGUGCCUCAUUUUUGGUUGGAUUUAUGGGGCGGCAAAUACGUCACGUUCCAUAGAGAUGAUAACUGGAAGGAGAGUACCCGUUUUUAUGAGAAUCUUCUGGUGUAUCGUAACGCCUUCUUCAAUAAUUGUGCUCUUAAUAUUUUCGAUGUACACAUAUCGCCCACCAAUGGUUGGUUCGUAUACAUAUCCUGGAUAUGCCCGGGUCUUUGGUUGGUUUGUUGCCUUACUACCUCUUGUACCUAUACCUAUCUGCGCUUUUCGAGUCCUACGCAGAUCUAAUGGCGAGACUUUAUAUCAGAAAUUCCGUGCAUCUUUGAAACCUUCAGAAGACUGGACGCUAGAAUUGAGAUAUAGAUCUGCGAAUUAUAAUAUUGAAGACAGAUCGUCACAUCGAAACAUGAGAUCUAUCAUUCUGAGAAACAUUUUCGGAAGACAAUCAUAAACGUGUUUCAAUUUUCAAUUUCUUUCUUUUUUACGCAUCUUUGUUUUUUAUUAUUACCGGACAAACAUCAAAAUCUCGCAGAAUUUAAUACAGGAGCAUUAUUGAGGUUUCAUUUUCAACACUUCUGUCAUUAAUUAGAUAAUAUCAACACUCAGCUCUUGAAACAUUUCAUACUAACAUGCAUAUUAAAUACUACCAAUGAAGACGACAAUACAGUGGAAGGUGAAUAUAACGAACAGUGAGUGAUCAAUCUCAUAACUCAUAUGAAUACAAAACAGAGAGUUGGUCAAACACAGACCAUUGGCCAUACCAGAACUGCGAUCAGGUGCCUAGUAGGAGUAAACACCCUCUGUUAAUCGGUCGCACCUUCUGUGAGCCCUAUAUUCCGAUCAGGUAAAGGAGUAAUCCGUAGUCAAAAUCAGUGUGACAAGCACGACUAAACAAUUGUUAUGAAACACACCUGAUAGCAUUUGACCCACUGAUAGGUUGUAUUGGCAAAUUACAUCAUUAUAACGACUAUAGAACUUGGGUCUGUUGUAUAUUGUUUAACGUCCCUAUCGAUAAUCAAGAAUUUGGGAAAUGUUGACUUUAAAUCUGUUGAAACUUUUUAACAUCAUCUUGUUUGUCAGUAACCUGUUGCAUAUGGAGUCACUUGAGAGAUAUAAACACCAUAUGCAGGUGACAAUGAAAUAUUUCUACAAAAAUAUGGGAAGUUGACGAUGGAGAAGUGGAAACCAUCCCGUUUGUCAUAAAGUUGAGUUGUUCGUAAACGUGCCGUUUGCAUCUGUGUUAAAUAAAUAUCUAACCUAAAGUACAUGUAUGAAGCA